AUGACAGAACCUGUUCCCAUUAGAAACAGAUUACCUUCAAGGAUGGAUUUGUUUGCUACAAAUUUGAAGCAAGAUAUAAGAGCACAUCAGAGAACAUAUGAAGGGGCAUAUACAAGAACUGCUAUUGGAUGUCUUUCCUUUUCGAUAUUGAUUAUUAAGCUCUUCUCUAAAGAAUUCUUGCCAAUUGGCACCAUCUACACAAUCUACGGAUGUCUUUUGUAUUUUCUUGGUGUUUUCAAAUCCUCAAGAGUAGACGUAUAUUACAAUCCCGAUAAGGAUAUGGAAAUGUUCACAACUAGUGGUGAUUUUGUGCUUUUUUUAACAAUUCUCAGUUUAUGUUGCUACAUUGCCUUGUUAGUAUUGUUGCUACGAAUGUGA